AUGGCUUUGACAAGUGAGAAACAAAUUAAUGAAGAAAAUGAGUUUAUUCUCUCCCUUCCCAGAACAAUAGGUUUGGCUGCAGCUUCCCAUCUACAUCUUUUUCAAGAAUUUUGGUACCCAUCGACUGUCAUUCAAGGAGUAUACAAUUUUCAAAAAUAUUUUCAUGCAAAAGACAAUGAUGUUUUUGUUGCCAGUUUUCCAAAAUCAGGUACUACUUGGUUGAAAGCUCUGACUUUUGCUAUUUUGAACCAUCAACGUUUUCCCUCUUUUGAAAACCAUCCAUUACUCACUUCCAAUCCUCAUGAACUUGUGCCUCCCCUUGAAUUCAUUCUGUCUCGUGAUUUGGAUGAUCAAAUUCUUAACUUAUCCAACAUGAGUGAGCCAAGGCUUUUGGGUAUCCACACACCAUUCCCUUCAUUACCCAAAGUCCGUCAAAGAAUCAAACUGAAUCCAUUUGACACUUUUGUUUCAGCUUGGGAAUUCUUUCCUAAAAUCAAAUCAGUGCCUUUACCUACGUUAGCAAUGGAGGAAGCAUUUGAGAA